AUGGGGUGUAUGUAUCGUUGGGGACUGAUGGACCUCCCCAGAGCUCUCUCCAUCUUUUGUCUCCGCGAUUCUCCACAUUCCUUCUCGCCCAUCGACUGCGCCAUGCGAAAUAUAAUCGUUGACAGUGCCUCAAUCUACAACAAUAUCCUUCAAGUUGCAUUUAACAACGACAUCAAUGAUCCUGGUUUGAUACGAUACCAAGGAGAAGCAACGCACGGGAUGGUGAUUACCCCCGUCGGCGAACCAGAGCGCCGGCUUCUGACGGGAAGUCCAACCGGUGCCAUGGUCGCUUCCGAGGCUCUGCCAGGGACCCAACGUCAUCCCGAACUGCAGUAA